CAUGAUGACAGCGAGCAGACAAAGGGCUCGUCGAUACACACUCACACACCCCGAUCCGUGAUCAGUCGCCGGUUCUGAUCGGUUCUCAUCGGCUCUGAUCGUCGCUUUCCAUUUGAAACGCUUGCAGAAAUCAUUCGGCUCGCGUUAUAUUUAUAGAGAGAGUGUGUAAGUGCUUGUGUGUGUGUCUCCUCUAGUCAGCCAGAGGUUACACAGCCACACAAACGCGCGGAUCCGUGAGGAACCGAACCUGCAGGUUCAUCGGAACCGGAUCGAGAUCUGCGUGGCUUGGCAGCGGUUCCUCGUGGCAUGACGACCACUAACAAAGGAAACAAGGCCUUGAAGGUGAAGAGGGAGCCCGGUGAGAACGGGACGAGCCUGACGGACGAUGAGCUGGUGUCCAUGUCGGUCCGCGAGCUCAACCAGCACCUGCGCGGCCUGACCAAAGAAGAGAUCCUUCAGCUGAAGCAGCGCCGGCGGACACUGAAGAACCGGGGCUACGCCGCCAGCUGCCGCGUCAAGCGUGUCACGCAGAAGGAGGAGCUUGAGAAGCAGAAGGCGGAGCUUCAGCAGGAAGUGGAGAAGCUGGCUACAGAGAACGCCAGCAUGAAAGUAGAGCUGGACGCACUGCGCUCCAAAUACGAGGCUCUGCAGAGCUUCGCCAGAACUGUGGCCCGAGGGCCCGUGGCCCCGGUUUGUAACCCCCGCGGGCCCUUGUCCUCCGUCAUUGGGCCUCUCAUUCCUGGGAAGGUUGGAGCCACCAGUGUUAUCACGAUAGUCAAAUCAAAAACCGACGCAAGGUCUUAGUAGCGCACAGAUAGCAAGGGUUGGUCAGUGCAUGAGGGUUUAGGUGCGGGACGCUCGUUUCACAGCAGACUGAUGGAAAACCCCUUCGGUACUCUCUAAUGUGGGCUUCUUCUGGGUUACGAAAGAAGGAAAGCACAUCUAGGACGGUCAAUCCACUUGGGCUUCCAAAAAGAUCUCCAAAUUGCGAAACUCGAAUCAAAAUCGAAUCAUGCAGCCAAAUUUUCCUGGUGGAUGUGUGUUGUAUUGCUGUGAGAUUUGUAAUUUUGUACAAAUAUUGGCGACUUUGUAUCGUGCGUUUCACAUGGGGUCCAAGUGUUUCCUUUGUCAUUGUAAUAUUGUACUUUUUAUACAGUGUUUGUGUUGAUUUUCUCUUCGUAUGUGCUGUUAUGCGCCAUUUUUCCGUCCUUUUGGUUUUACGGACUGCAGGCACAAAACACUUUAAACCGUUCAGACUUCCAAACUCUUCCGCCGUCUGAAGGAAAAGCUUUCUGAGGUAGGAGAGUAUCAGUCAAUGAGAAGCUCCCUUUACCUGAGCCUCAUUAUGCACUGACCAAUCGCUGACGAGCAGGAGGAGAGGAGGCGGAGUCAAAUCAGCUGAUGUUGUUCAUAUGGUAGCUAUCAGAAUAUCUGCCACCAGUUUAUGUGCUCCAGUCGUCCCGUUCAGGACAGGAGAUCGUUUUAUUGGCAACGCAAUAACAGGUUUAUGUUAUGCGAUGUAUUAUGUUGUUUAUUUCACGCCGUGUGACCUCCACGCUGAAGUUGAUCAUGUCUGUCGUUAUCUGUAAAUCCAGAGAGAUUAAACUUUUUGUGUUCUGUGCCAGACUAAAAACAAGAGAAAAACCCACAAGUUUCUGUUUUUGAGGGAUGGACUGUUGGGUGACAUAAACUGGUGAAUCCCACAAGCUUUACCAUAACUUUGUUGCUGUGACAUUGCGUAACGUAUUCUAAGAAUCUUUGUCUAUAUGGUGGAGUCUUGAAUUUAUAUAUAUAUAUAUAUGAAGACAGAGUACCUUGCAUUAUUUAUAAAACAUUUAAAAAAGAAAUAUAAAGUUGUUUGAUAGCUCUCUUUUUUGCAAUUGUACCAAAAGUGGCUUAACUAUUGAAGUCAAUAGCUUUUUCUAGUGGCUAGGCGCGUCAAACUGUGGACUAGCGCGUGUGGUGUGAUUUGUACUGGUGAGGUGGCGAUGUGUUGUUUACGACGUGGAUGUGAUGCUCUUAUCUUCUGAUUUCAGUCGAAUGCGUGCGAUGAGCGCCGCUUACCCAGAAUCCCCUCUGAGCGUUUGUGCGCUCCAUGUUUAAGUGGACGGGACACGAACGCAGGGAUCUCUGGGACGUGGCCACAUCGCCUGCGUUUGAGUCCUUUUAUGUGACGUGUGUUUAUAUAUUUUUGGGUGUAAAACGUUUUUAUGAUAUAUUUGUUGGUGUUUUUUUUUCUUCUUUUUCUGGUUGUUUUCUUUAAAUGCCAGGGAAGUGACUCUGUCUGCACUGGUUUAAACCAGCGAUGUGCUUCACGCUGGGACGCUGCUCAAACUAUUACUUUUCUCAACAUUUAAAACUAAAAAAGAGCUGUCCGAAAACAUUUCAGGAUGCUAUCUGCGCUGUUCUUUUUCUUCUUUUUUUGGCCAAAUUGUUUGUCCAUUAAUAAAAGAAGUAAAGCUCAGAGCUGUUGUAAUGGUGCGCUCACAUCUCUGUAGAAUUACUGUAAUUAUUAGAGAGUUACAGUUCGUAGAUUCUGUCCAUUUUUGGACUGUUGCAAAUUGCAAUGCAUGAAGCUAAAGAAAUAUGUGGUGCCUCGCACAAUCAAUCAAUCAGUUAAAUUACAGGAACACAUGAACACGAGCAACAUUUCAGUCAAUUGAUGUCCCUCAGGCUUACAA